AUGGACACCACGGCCGAGCCUUCGUCCAAUUCUUUAGGUCUCGAACUCGACGCUCUCCACAUUCAGGAUAACGCGGAACAGCUCGAAUCCCCGAAAUCAGUCCCUGUUGACACUGCGGAUGCGACUGAAUCCCCAAAGGCGUCUGAGCUCGCAGACGUGCCAAAAAGCAACGUAGACGAGAACGCCGCUGGCCGAGAGGCUCCUAAGUCCGAGGCUAAGAAACCCGAUUCGAAGGAGAAAAAGAAACCGUAUGUCAAUCCCGAACGCGUCAAGACUGGCGGUGCUCAGCGAGAUAAAUUGAGUGAAGAUGAGCUUGCAGAACGCAUGGCACGCAUUCGUGAACAAAAUGAGAAGAUAAAACAGAGACGGAUGGAUGUCCAAGCGGAUGAGGAUGCUUUUAGGAAAACGCAGGAAGCAGAGAGGAUCAAAGUAGCAAAGACCAAGAAAGUGCAGGAGAACGUUGACCGCACUCGUGAGCAGAACGCACGCAGAAAGAUGGAGAAGAUGCAGAACCGAGAGUGGGACUCCGGCAAACAGAUACGGGACUGGAAGCCAGCGACAGCGGAUGAAGGGGGGCAUGAUGCAGUAGACAUGAAGAAGGCGCGAGCGCAUAUGGAGAUUCGUAGCGCUGUCCGCGGCGCUGGAGAGCAUGGUCGAGGUCGAGGAAAGCUGACUGAAGAGCACAUUGAUCUCAAACCAACAGCAGACGCGCCCACAUCCUCGGUCCCAACAACUUCAUGA